CUGAUUCCUGGUAUCAUAAACUGGAUAAUAUAUAAAAGACAUAAUAGAUACAUUACUCCACUACCCACAAGACAUCCACGGCCUUCAAGAAGUAAUGUUCUUAACCAAGAUGAAGAACAUUUAAUUAGUAAAAUGCACACUGAUUGA